AUGGCUAAGAUAAAGGCUAGUUUGAUGCGGAAGAAGACUGACAAAGAACUCCUAAAGGAGCUCGACGAUCUCAAGAAGGAAUAUGCCGCCCUCCGUGUAUCAAAGGCUACUGGAACUGGCGCCGCAAAAUUAAGCAAAAUUACAAUCAUCAAAAAAAGCAUUGCUAAGGUUCUGACAGUUUACAAUCAAAGGAAGAAGGAGGAGGCUAUUAAGAAGUUCAAAAAGACUUCCAAAAUGCCCAUGAACCUCAGACCGAAACUGACUCGUGCCAAACGCCGUGCUUUGACUCCAAAGCAGAUGAGUUUGAAAGCAGUCAAGGUUGCUAAAAGGGAAAUGAACAUUCUCAAAAGAAGAUUUUAUGUGUUAGAUUGA